GGGCGUCUCCUGAGGGCGGGACUGGAGCGCGAGUCUCAGGUGCUGCGCUCUUUUGUCCGAGGCCCAACUUUCUACUCCACCCAGAGCUGUUUCUGCGGCUGCCGGUUCAGGGGACACCGGGUUCCCUAGGAGCCGCCCCAGGCUUAAUGAUUGUCCAGAAGGAGGCUAUAAAGGGAGCCUGGGAGGCUGGGUGGAGGAGGGAGCAGAAAAAGCCUAACUCAGCAGACCUGGCACUGAGAGCCCGCCAGCCCCAGCUGUGGUCAGAGACUUUGUGUCCCAGCCAGUAGGGCCUGCUCCCUGCCACCAUGGCAGCCCGAGGCUAUGGCUAUUACCGAACCGUGAUCUUCUCGGCCAUGUUUGGAGGCUACAGCCUGUACUACUUCAACCGCAAGACCUUCUCCUUUGUCAUGCCGUCGUUGGUGGAGGAGAUCCCUCUGGACAAAGAUGACUUGGGGCUCAUCACCAGCAGCCAGUCCGCUGCCUACGCCAUCAGCAAGUUUGUGAGCGGGGUGCUGUCUGACCAGAUGAGUGCUCGCUGGCUAUUCUCUUCUGGGCUUCUCCUGGUUGGCCUGGUCAAUGUAGCCUUUUCCUGGAGCUCCGCGGUGCCUGUCUUUGCUGCUCUCUGGUUCCUCAAUGGCCUGGCACAGGGGCUGGGCUGGCCCCCAUGUGGCAAGGUCCUGCGGAAGUGGUUUGAGCCAUCUCAGUUUGGCACUUGGUGGGCCAUCCUGUCAACCAGCAUGAACCUGGCUGGAGGGCUGGGCCCCAUCCUGGCAACCAUCCUCGCCCAGAGUUACAGCUGGCGCACCACGCUGGCCCUGUCUGGGGCACUGUGUGUAGCUGUCUCCUUCCUCUGUCUCCUGCUCAUCCACAAUGAACCUGCUGAUGUUGGACUCCAAAACCUGGACCCCACCCCCUCCAAGGGCAAGAAGGGCUCCUCGAAGGAGGAGAGCACCUUACAGGAGCUGCUGCUGACUCCUUACCUGUGGGUGCUCUCCACUGGCUACCUUGUGGUGUUUGGAGUAAAGACGUGCUGUACUGACUGGGGCCAGUUCUUCCUCAUCCAGGAGAGAGGACAGUCUGCCCUCGUGGGUAGCUCCUACAUGAGUGCCCUGGAGGUUGGGGGCCUUGUAGGCAGCAUCGCAGCUGGCUACCUGUCAGACCGGGCCAUGGCCAAGGCAGGGCUGUCCAUCUACGGGAAUCCCCGCCAUGGCCUGCUGCUGUUCAUGAUGGCUGGCAUGACGGCAUCCAUGUACCUCUUCCGGGUCACUGUGACCAGUGACUCCCCCAAGCUCUGGAUCCUGGUGUUGGGAGCUGUGUUUGGUUUCUCCUCUUAUGGUCCCAUCGCCUUGUUUGGAGUUAUAGCCAAUGAGUGUGCCCCUCCGAACUUGUGUGGCACCUCCCAUGCCAUUGUGGGACUCAUGGCCAAUGUGGGCGGCUUUCUGGCUGGGUUGCCCUUCAGCACGAUUGCCAAACAUUACAGUUGGAGCACAGCCUUCUGGGUGGCUGAGGUGAUCUGUGCGGCCAGCACAGGUGCCUUCUUCCUUCUACGAAACAUCCGCACCAAGAUGGGCCGAGUGCCCAAGAAGGCUGAGUGAGGACAGUGCAGGCUCCAGAGCAUCCUGUCCUACUUGUGGCCUUUCCCCUCCGUGGGGGUAGGGAGGGAAAGAAGGGAGGGUGCCGUCUUCACUAGCACCUUUGACUUUCCCUUUCUGCUCCUUUUCCCUUAUCUACAUGGCACUGGAAGUUAUCAGUAGUUAAUGAGGUCCCAGCUCAUCUCAUCUCUAUUUAAAGGACAACCUUUGUUCUUGGACUCCAUUAGCUCCUAUUUCCUGCCUUCAAAUAGGAACCCCCUGCACUCAGGAAGUCUCCUAUACCCUUCUCCCUCUCCUGAGCCCCACCCUGUCUCCAUCUCACCCCAUCCUCACUUGAGGUGAGGCAUCUCCUGCCUGCAGCGGCUGGGCAGCCAUGGCCCGAGACUUCUUCCAGAAGACCUCAGCAAGGAGGCAACUGCUCCUGCCAAUACCUUGGAGUUCAGGGCCAAAAGGUCACUCUCACCAAUACAAGGGUACAAUAGGUGGGAGGGUAGAAAGAUUUGUUAUAGAGAAUUAAAACUAGAUUUGAUACUAA